CUGAUAACACAGACUUGGAUAUAAGUGAAGAAAUGGAGGAGAUCCGGGAGCUGCUCUAUGAACUCAUCAAAACAAACUUCUCGUCCGGUGUGAUGGUGGAACAUUUAGCGAAAAUUUACAAAGAAAGCUAUGAGACACGCGGCCUGGGGCCACCUCUUCCGAGCAAUUGGCUGGAUCAUGUGAGAGUUGCUGAGGAAUUUGAAGUGGUGAUUCGUGGCCCAAUUGUGAUGAUGAAAUCGGUGCUAUCGUUUGAGCCGAUUGUUUGUCCGUCAACGGUCAGCGUUGUUGUGAUGAAAUGUGAUGAGAACUCGUCCGAUAUCUUUAUACAGCUGGCUGGCACGCGAAACAACUUCGAGCUGCUACGAUCCGCAAUGGAUUCUCACUACGAGGAGCAGUCUCUCGGGGAACCAGUAGCUGAACCUGAAAUUGGUGGUGUGUAUGCCGUGAGAGACGCAGACGGGCACUGGUACAGAGCACUGCUUAAAGUUGCAGAAAGUUUCAUACUACUGGAUAACGGUCGAGUGGUGCCAGUGAAGGAUGCAACAGUACGACGUCUACGAGCCGAAUAUGCACUUCCACGGAUCUAUCCCAUCUAUGCCUUCAUUGUUACGUUGGAUAAAAACCACGACAAUGCCUCAUCGUUGUGCCUUUUUCGAACUGCCUGCCAUACACAGCUCCCAUUGCCGCUACGAUUUAUAUCGGAAUAUAUUGAAAAUGGCUUAACAAAGUAUAUUGUUCAAAGUUCCAGUAUUUGGAUUAAAGAUCGAAAGGAGCAAGAGCAGAAUGUAAUCAAAGUGAUGCCGGUGUCACCGCAAUAUUCGGUGCCACCAGCUGGAGGAGUGGAAUUGGUUGCUAUGGAGCUCAGUGAUAUGCCGAAAAAGCGUUUUGCUGCGCAUAUUCUGGCCGUCUUCGAUGCCGAUAACAUCAGCUUACGACAACGAUCGCUGGAUCCAAUACCAGACUAUAUAGUGGGUGCGGUGAAACGAGAUUCGCUAACGCAGUCCUCGCCACCGCCAUUCAGUGAAUUGGUACCCGGACGUUUCUAUGCAGCAAAAUUGCAUCCCGAUUCGAACUGGGAACGCGUGCAGCUGCUUGGCCCGAGCACCGUUGAUGCCGAUUGCUUUCGUGUUUAUGCAGUGGACAUUGGCCUAUACGGUAUCGCGAGGAAGCCAAAUAUUCGUCAUCUUAAAAUUCCAAACGGACUGCGGAAAAUUUUAAUGGCAAAGUGCAAAGUAGGCUUAUUGUUUGGGAUUUUUUUCAUCGGAGAGAGGAAAGAAAGAGAGGGAGAAGUCCUGUGACU